AUGUCGCUAUACACACUUUCUUCCCCCGGUGUGGUUAUACCACCAGCGUCGUCAGUCAUUUUUCUAGCACUAUUUUGCCGCGCGCAGGGACUCGGGACCUCAAUCGCUUCUACGGCCGUCCGGGAUACCGAAGGAUCGACCUCAACAUCAACAACAUCGCCGGCACAACGGACUUUUGAUUCAAAUAUUCCAAAAGACAGAUCGAAGAAUGAGAUUCCCAUGAUCGUCGGCAUUGUGCUGGGCGUGAUAGCCUUCUUCAUCUGUUUGCUGGUUUUGUCGAUUCUCAUUUGGAGACGACAAGAGAGGAGGAUGACAGAGAAGGCGAGAGUUGCGGGGGCGAAAGCUGUGGGUGCGAAAGCUCAGCUAUGGGAAUUGGAGGACUUGGAUGCGACGUCUGCGGGUUUGCCGCCAUACGAGGCACACGUAUCACCUCAGAGGGUAGUCGUCGAGGUAGACGGGGACCGAAAGAUCACUGAGAUUGAUGGUGCGAGGGCGUGA